AUGGUGUUAAAAGAAAAUGUCUGGAGUCAGUGUCGGCUUGAUAGAGCCUUCGGAAACGCAGAAUGGUUUAGUCUCUUCCCCCGCACUCACCUACAAUAUCUGGAACGCUUGGGGUCUGACCACAGACCUAUCUUUCUCAGUAUGGUGUCUCAGACUCAGAGGCGAAGAGGAAGAUUUAUGUUUGAUAAGCGAUGGUCCACGCAACCGGCAGUGUGUGAUAUAAUAAAAAAACAUUGGAGACCGGUGGAACGAUCAGAUGGUAGAGAUGUGACCUCAGUGAUCUCAUCGUGUCGCAAAGAUUUGGCCCAGUGGAAAAGAAGUGACGCAGGAAACUCUAAGAAACAGAUCAUGCAGCUACGGCUACAACUCGAAGGGGAGGAGAAAAAAUGUUUUCCCAAUUUGGCGAUGCUUGCUGAUCUGAAGGUGAAGUUGGCCCAGCUGUAUCAAGAAGAAGAAAGCUUCUGGAAACAGAAGAGUAAAAACACGUGGCUGGUGGUGGGGGAUUUAAAUACGAAGGUCUUUCAUGGGUGGGCAAAAUCAAGGAAAAUGAAGAACUUGAUACCUGCUUUAGUUGACUCGGGAGGUGUUGAACAAACCGAGGAAGAUGCGAAGGGAGAGAUCGCAGUACAAUACUUCACAAACCUUUUCCGUUCAUCUUCUCCAUCUGAUGCUACAGAGCUGUUGCUAGGAAUGGAGCCCAAGGUAACAGAGUUGAUGAAUACGAGAUUAACCAAAGACGUGUCAGAUGCAGAGAUUAAGAGAGCUGUAAAGGCGAUUAAGAGUGAUAGUGCCCCGGGAGCUGAUGGUAUGUCGGCACACUUUUUUCAGAAACAUUGGUGCCACACUGGUCCUAUGAUCACAAAAGAAGUGCAUCGUUUUUUCCGAGAAGGAAUUCUCCCAUCUGAAUGGAACUAUACCCAGCUAUUCUUGUUACCAAAGAAGCCAAACCCGAAGCUGAUGUCUGAUCUCAGACCUAUUAGUUUGUGCUCGGUUACUUACAAGAUCAUCUCGAAGGUGUUGUGCUCGCGUCUUAAAGGAAUCCUUCCACAGAUUGUGUCUCCCACCCAAGGAGCUUUUGUUGCAGGAAGGCUUAUCUCGGACAACCUGUUGAUUGCACAUGAGAUGGUGCAUGGCUUGAAGACAAACCCCAACUGUAAGGAGGACUUCAUUGCAAUCAAAACAGACAUGUCAAAGGCAUACGACAGGGUUGAAUGGUCGUUUUUGGAAGCACUUUUCGUGAAGAUGGGUUUCCAUAGGAAGUGGAUUGAUUGGAUCAUGCUGUGUGUAAGUUCUGUCACGUAUACGGUUCUUCUAAAUGGACAGGAGUUUGGUCACAUCGUUCCAGAGCGGGGACUGAGGCAAGGGGACCCUCUCUCCCCCUUUCUUUUCAUUCUUUGUGCAGAAGCGUUGGUGCACGUGAUGAACAGAGCUGAGGAAAACGGUCGAAUCUCUGGAAUGAAGCUUACUCGCCAUUGUCCUGCAGUACAACACCUACUCUUUGCUGACGAUAGUUUGUUCCUGAUAAAAGCUGAAUUACAGGAAUGUGUUGCUUUUCUGAGAUGUUUAGAGCUGUAUGGAAAGGCAUCGGGGCCGGAAAUAAAUUUCAACAAAUCUUCUAUCACCUUUGGAGAAGGUAUUGAUGAGGUUAUGCGGAGACUGAUUGCUGAGCUUCUGAAUAUUGAAAAUGUGGGAGGUGCUGGUUCAUACUUGGGUCUACCUGAGUGUUUUAGCGGGUCGAAGCAGAAAUUGUUAGCUUUCAUUGGAGAAAAACUUGACAAAAGACUGAAUGGAUGGUAUACCAAAAUGCUUUCUCUUGGGGGAAAGGAGGUACUCCUUAAGUCGAUUGCAAUGGCUCUUCCGGUGUAUGCGAUGUCAUGCUUCAAGCUUACUAAGCACCAUUGCCAAAAAAUCAUGAGUGCGAUGUCUGCCUUCUGGUGGAAUGAGAGUGGAGAUAAGAAGAAGAUUCAUUGGAUAGCUUGGGAUAAACUGUGUGAAUCCAAAGAGAAUGGAGGCCUUGGGUUUAGAGACAUAGAGGAUUUUAACCAGGCUUUAUUGGCAAAGCAGGCGUGGAAUUUAAUGAAUGAACCUCAAAGCCUGCUAGCACAGAUUUACAAGGGACGCUACUACGCAAAGACGUCUCUGCUGGAGGCUGGAAAGGGAUUUCGACCCUCUUAUGCGUGGCGGAGCAUCGUCUUUGGUAGAGAGCUACUGAAGAAAGGUUUAAUUACGUCUAUUGGUAACGGUAAGGAUUCCAUGGUUUGGCUAGAUAAAUGGAUAAUGGAUGAGGAACCUCGACGACCAGUCAACAAGCAGAUCCAUUUUGACGGGAUUCUUCGUGUGGCUGACUUAUUGAAUCAAAACGGUACAUGGAAUUUGGAGGAGCUUAAUAACCUCUUUCCUGUGAAUGAAGUGAGUCGAAUCAUGGCGCUUCAGAUUGGAGGUAGAGAAGGCAAAUUAAUUUGGGCUUACACAAAUCAUGGAACGUAUACAGUCAAGAGUGGCUAUGGAUUGUUAGUAAACGCGGAGGCACGUAGGAAUGCUCAGAUGACAGUCCAGGAACAGAGGUUGUUAACACUCAAGCGUAGAGUGUGGAAGAUUGCGUGUUUACCAAAAAUCAGAAUGUUUCUUUGGCGUGCUCUCUCUGGGGCUCUAGCUGUGGCUGAUAGGUUGCAAUCUAGAGGCCUGAAUGUACAAGGUAGAUGCCCUUUGUGCCAAUCGGAAGCGGAAACAAUCAAUCAUAUGCUGUUUCGGUGUAGCAAGGCGUUGGAACUGUGGGAUCUAACAGAGUGCCCCAAGCCGGCGCAAGGGUUUUCCAAUGGACUCGAGGCCAACAUAGCUUUCUUGUUUGAUGCUUUGGAUGGAAAUGGAGCUGGAGACAGCAAGGUUAGGUCCAUUCCUUGGGUUUUGUGGAAUGUGUGGAAGAAUAGAAACGCCUUAUUGUAUGCUGAGACGCAGACUUCUCCAAGUUUCUGGGUGCUUAAUGCUGAGGAGGAAGCUACUUUGUGGUUUGAGGCAAACAAACAAGCUCAACACAUUGAGGCGCAGAGUCAUAGAAUGGGUGAUAUGGAACGGUGGUGUCCUCCUUCAACAGGUACUGUUAAAUGUAACAUUCAUGUCAACUGGAGGAGUGCAGCCUUGAUUAGUGGAGGAGCGUGGAUAGCAAGGGACCAUACGAGGAACGUUUUAUUCCAUGGUCGUGAUGCCUUUACUCCCUCAUCAAACAGGAUGAUCGCAGAGCUGAGGGGUAUAUUAUGGGUGAUGCAGAGUGCGCGGGAUCUACAUUUCCAUUCAAUAUGCAUCGCCUCAGAUCAUCGAGAUACCGUUGAAGCCUUACUAUCCCCUGCAUCAUGGCCACGGUUUCGAUGUCUCUUGGAACAAAUCAUGGCACUGUGUAAUUCUUUCUUUUCAGUCGCCUUUGAAGUGGAGAAAGUAGGGGCAAACUCAAUAGUUCGAGAUAUCGCAAAAGUGUAA